AUGACUGCAAGUGCCGUGCUGGCAGUUCUGGACCAAGUGCAGAACGUCGGCCAAGUGGUGGAGAUCGGACAGGCCCAAGUUCACCAGAAGGAGCAGGUCCUUUGGGCGCGGAGAGCUUACCAGCUCGAGUCGCAAUCCGUGCGCCUCGACGUUUUUGAUCACGUGAAGGAGGAGAUUCGCUCUCACCACGAUACUUAUAUGGGUCGAAUCGAUGUCUUGCUGCUCGUCCUGGCAUUGAUUUGGCCUUUCGCGCUAAAUGCGAUACAGUUCUCGGACCCGUUCAUACCACAGACCGAGUUCGAGUGCGAACAUUGCAUCGAAGUCAAGCACAAAUGGAUUGUGUUUCUCUGGAUGACGCUCCUAGGUGCAAUUCUCGUCCUGCCCUUUUGGGGGAUACUGAUGCUUAUCCGCUGCCGAUUGAAGUUGGAUGCAUGGCUUGAGUAUUCUCUCGCACGUCUGAGCCAGGCAAGACGAGGAAUGAACAUCACCCCCCAAACCAAAAUGGGGUCGACUAGAAAUGAGGACGAUGAGGACGAUCAUGAUGACACAAAGGACAUUGUCUGCCGACUGGUCAACAUGGUAGCAGAGUGCCAGGAGUACCUUGGCCUCAUGUGGACAGAGGAGUGCAGCUGGCUGGUUCACACCUCUACGAGCCUUCUUUGGAUCUCAGCUGCUGCGGCACUACUUCUUACUGCUUUGUCCAUUUGGGUAUUCAUGGUCAACAAAGGCGGUGCUCACUCGAAGUUUGGGAACUGGUUUGCCGUGAUCGUGUCGCUUGGGAUGGUCGUGCCGUUAGUCUACAUGCUUCGAAGAUCGUUCGAUGAGCUGGAGCCUCCCGACGAGGACAUGCUUGCUUCUGCGGCAGUGAGUAAUCCAGCCAUGAACGAGCCUGCAACACGUCGGCGCAGAGCUCAGCUGCUCAAGGGAAAUAGCAGCCCCAAUUUCUCAAGAUUUUUCGGCGACGGAACACCGAAAGAGGAAUUCGCAGGAGAGAGUCGCUUCUCUAACCUGCGGGAAAAGAUCUUGGAUUUGCUGCCAAGCUUUAAACGGAUGUGCGGUCGCAGAAAGCAAAGGCGAAAGAAAGGGGAGAAGUCCUUUGAUGUGCUUUCGAAGGCGGAGAACUGGCGAAGCCUCUCUCGACAGCGAAAAGACCUAGCAGAAGUCCUCAAGUCAAUGCCCUGUCCAUGGAAAUGCGGGCAGCACAGCUCAGAUGCAAUCUUCAUCGAUGCCUCCAAGUCAGAUGCUGACGAGCCUGCCAAGCUUGGCCAGCACCCAACGCGAAGCUCGGCGGGUGGAGACGCUCACCAGGAACCGAGGCAGUUGGCGAAGGAUGGCUCAUCCGGAUCUGAGUCGUGGACGGGCGCACGUCCAUUGCAAGCUUCGUCGGAUCUGGAUAGCAACGCAGGACCCGGCCAGCCUCCAGCCCAAUCCAAUGACCCGACAACUACCCACUUGGGACCUCGAGUGGCGGCCCCUCCACUAGCUUGCUCGCUGCAGUGCCCAAGCGCCAUGCCGUGCUUGCAGCACUUCCUGGAGGGUGUGCUCAGCGGUGGUGCGACGAGGACACUCCGUGGCGAUGCCACACUUUCUCGCCCAGUCUGGGAAUCACAGGCGUGUCCUUGGCCGCAGGAUGCGAGCUGUAGCUCCUCUGCCUCCACUUCCAGGAACUUCAGGAACCACCAGGUGAACACCUCCUUCGAGAAGGAAGAAGGGAUGGACGAAGAGGAGGAGAUAGAUGAGUCGAAGCUGGAAAGUGGACUUCCCGACGACGAUGAAAGGACAGAGUGCAACUUGGACUCCCUCAAGCUUGGCAACCAGACAGGCAAGUGGAGCAAAGAGAAGGAAGACAUAAAGUGGGCCUACGACAACUCUUUGAAGGGCCAGGAAGUCCAAGUUUGGUGGCCUGGUCGUACCGACCAUGGCGAGUGCAACAACCUUCAUGACGAGGACAGAGGCUGCUGGUUCAGGGCGAAGCUGCUCAAUGAUCCGUACUGCACAGAUGCAGGCCGCUGCAUCCACUUUGCAGCGCACGAUGGCGAGCCGACAAACACCUUCAGCUGUCCGACAUGGAUACGAGAUCCUGAUGGCAUCGGUUGCAGGCUGCCAAGAUUCAACUGGCAAGCUUGCCCGAUGAAGUUUGAGAUGAAGCGGGUUGACACAGGCAUCCCUCAGGAAUUCAAGCUGGCAUUGAGCACCCCGUGCUCUGCAGCCAAAGCGCCAGAGGCUCCUCCCGUGCCAGAGAACCAAUUUCCCGUUCGGGACGAGAAAGGCGAGGUGAAGGAGGCCCCGGGGGCACCUCCGGACGAAGCUGCGGGAGAGGCUCAGAAGGUUCCUGCAAAAGACGACGGUGCAGGAAAAGAUCCGGGCAAGGAGCCGGAGAACGCCGCGCCGCCAGACGGCCACUGCAACGGGCCGACCAACGACAAAGACGAAGCGCGCAUGAUCAUGGACCUUAAGAAGAACGCCUGGUACCGCUGCAACGAAAUGAUGCGCUGUGAGCCCUGGGACAUUCGAAAGAUUAUUGAUGAAGAGAAUCCCCAGUGCGGCAAGAAGAAGUGUGGACCAGAUGAGCAGUGCUUUGUCCACCGCGUCUCUGCGCUUCAAUCCACCUACCAGCGCCUGAUCAGCACAGCUCAUGAGUUUUUGGGCGUUUUUGACCCGGAGCCCGACACCACAUGUACACGAGAGAUAGGGGCCUGA